UAUAUAAAUUCACCUUGUGCGUAUCGAUUGUAAAAUUUCUCCCAGUUUUUUUUUUAGCAUUUCUUAACAAACCUUAUUUAUUAAAAACAACAAAUUUAAUGGCUUCUACUAGUUCAUCUAGUGUUUUGGAAGAGCGUCGCAUUUGGGUAGGAAAUUUGGAUCCCAGGUUAAACGAGUAUCAACUUUUGAAAAUUGUGCAAAAAUGCGGUGCCAUUGAAAAAUUUGAUAUGCUGUUCCAUAAAGGUGGCCCGCUACAGGGUCAAUCGAGAGGCUAUGCAUUUGUGACUUUUGCUCAGCCUGAAGGCGCUAUUAGAGCUUUAGACAAACUUAAUGGUCAUUUGGUAUUAAAUCGUCCCAUAGCUGUAAGAUUAGCUAAAAAUGUGAAUUAUGAUGAUCUGGAACGUCCCAAACCAAAAAUCGAAAUACCUGCUUUGGGUACUGGCAAAAAGGAGGGAAAAAUUAGCAAAGAAGAAGCCAUAAAAGCCAUCGAACAAAAACUUAAAUUUUUGGAAUCUCAACCCGACGAUUUAGAAUUUAAUCAGUCAUUAGCCUGCGAAGUACCUCUCAUACAAAAGUAUCAAUUCAACAAAGAUCGUGAUGCAAAUGGUGCUACCUCUACGUCACAGAGAAGAACAUAUCACAAGAGCAAUUCUGGUCCCUACAACCGGCAUCAAAGGCCCAAAAGAAGAUAAAAUUAAUUGAAAAUUUUCUUUAGUAACAAUCUUGAUUUUAGUUUAAUUUCUAUUUCUUCAUUAUUCAUCUUAACAAUUUGUAUGCUACAAUUUCAUUUUAAUUUCUAAUAAAAUAAACUUAAUUGUUUUU